UGUGUGAGGUGGAGCAGGCUUCUCAGUGUGUCUCCCCUGCUUCUGGAUGCUUAAUUGGCUACGCUUGCGGUCACUGACCGUACUCUGGGUCGCCUGAGCCGAACGCAGCUGUAAUUACUUACUGUGUUAAUUAACAUCUGACCGAUGAGCAGAGUGAACCGGUGUCCACGCGGACUUUCCCCCUCCACCUUCAACCGACUUACACGAUUCACAUAUCAACAUGACGCCCCCCAAGCAGAAUGUUUGCUGCCCGCUCUGUCAUUCUGAAUUUACCUAUAUAGGCAAACACCUAAGGUAUAGUCAUGGCAUUAAAAAUUCAGAAGAGCGGAAGAUAUUGAUCAGGUUCAGUAACGGGAGAAUCAAUAUCAGAAAAAUGCCCUGUCCAGUGGAUGGCUGCCGUUAUGCUAGCACAAGGCUGGACAUGCAUAUUGACCAAGCUCACCCGGAGAUGGAGGGGGAGAGGAAGGCCCAGGUGAUUAAUGGUUUGAAGUACCAGGUAACGGUGAAUAUGCUGGGAGCUCUGAGCGCCACAAACCCAAGCCCUCCGAUGGUCUCACGUUUACACAUGGACCCAAGAGCAAGAGAGGAAGCAGGUCAGCAUCAUCCAACAUCAGGACCCCUUGAUGAUGACACAUCCUGCACCUCGUGCAAAGAGCUUGGGGCAAAGAACCUUCAGCUUACAUCAGACUUGGGGCAACUAAGGAAGAAAUUGCUUUACCAGCACAGAUGGGCAAAAAGGGCAAAAAAGGCAAUCAAACGACUGGAGGAGGACCUCCAAAAGGGAUCCACAUGCCCGGUUCCUGGUGUGGACGUGGAUGUCCUGGUGGGGUCUGGAUCUACCUCUCCAGAUGAAGAACCACAGCACAUCACCAGACCUAAAUCAAAGCAGGAAAGCCGGAACAUCCAAUGUUUGGUGAAGGCGUACCCAAAAUUCCCACUAAGCAUAUUGGAAUACAUCGCGGAAUAUUGGCAACACCUCAAAGGCUCCCAUGGUCUGAGGAAAAGGAUCGAAAAUCAAAGAUCCAAAGUGGGUAGAAUCAUGGCUUUCCUUUCGUUUAUAACCGAGGGCCAGACAAUCCUCCAGAAUUGGACUUUCCUUCCCAAUAUGUCCAGGAUAUACCAGUGGCCAGAGCAUCUGCAGAAUGGUGGAAAAGCGGAGAACACAGUGAAGACCUACCUGGUGAAUUUGUCCCAGUUCCUGGGCUACUUUAGGGACACUCCUCCAACUUUUUCCAGGGUUCCAAAAAGAGAAGUGUUUGCCGUGAUUCGUGCUAUCUCAGAGUGUAUUGCAAGCCUGGGUCCACGUGUUGUCAUGCGUCAGAUACGUGUAAAGAAAAAUAAGUUGAGCAGAACCAUCUCCAAGGACCAACUUCGCCUCUGCAAAGUCCUGGCCAGGAGACGCAUCCCUGAACUUCUUGAUGAACUGUCUGAGGACCCCAACCCGGAGGCGCGCAGGCGAUUCUACGGGUACCUCAGUGUUUACCUAGCAAGCCUAUAUGGACACCGCACCGGUGUUCUAAAGAAUAUGACUGUCUCCGAGGUUGAUGAAGCCCAGCAGGAAGCCACAGUCGGGCAAGCGGGCUUUGUGAUCAAUGUGAAGGAACACAAAACCAACCGUGCGUUUGGCCCCGCACAGCUCUACUUAACUGUAGAGGAAUUCUCAUGGGUGGAGCAGUGGAUGAUCAUCAGAGAGAAACUAAACCCACCCACAGACCUUCUUCUCUUCACCGAAAACUUCACAAAAAUCGAGAAACUCAUCGUGCCGAUGCAAGCCGCCUGGCUUGACAUGGGUUUUCCUGGGCGUCCCACAUUCACAGACUUCCGAACAUCAAUAGCCACAUACGCAAGGAAUACUUUGUCACCAAGUGACCGGAUCAACAUUUCAAAGACCAUGUGUCAUCACACACGGACAGCAGACAAAUUCUACGCGCUCCACCGCACCGCGUCAGAGCUGGCUCGGAUCCGUCAGAAUUUCGAGGCAGCCGUCAAGCCACCACGUACGACGGUACAUGACACCGCCGAACCUUUCCUCCUCUCCAUGUCAGAAUCAUCAGGUGAUGGUCUUGAGGAGGAAGCGGACUGCGGGCCUUCACACAGCCCCCCUGCCGGUCCUUCGCACAGCCCCCCAGCCGGUCCUUCGCCGUCCUCACCAACAUCCAGUCAGGCCACUGGAUCAACAAGCCCUGAUCAAGCUUCUGGAAGCUGCUACAGUCCAGGCAGCGCCUCUUCUCAAAGCGAUUCUUCUGGGAGCGACUUCACGCCUGAUAGCGACCCUUCUCAGAGCGAUUCUUCGUAUGCCCCAAAUAGAGGGACACAACCCAGAAGGAAAAGACCAUUGUUAACCUACACGUUGAGAAAUAGACGUCAAGGGCGCAGCCAAUGUGCACGUGUGCUCAGAUCCAAACGAAAUACAGUAAAAAAAUUUAAAAAAUUAAAUAAAUCAGUGGUGAUGUGACUGUAUUUGCUUUCUUUAAGACAUUUCUCCAUUCAUUAUUCCUGGCAAAUAAAAUAAAAACUAAAACUUAUA